GUCUUAUUUGCUACAUCCUUUGAUACCCUCACUGUUUAGUUGUCUUGUUACUAGACACCCUGACCCUCCUUCUUGUCUGGCACUUAUAGAAGGUUUUGCUGCGGGAGUUUGUGUGUUUACUCAGUAAAGAACUCUGCAGGUGUACAGCACACAUGUAAUCUGUAGGUUUUAUCAGUCCGAGUGUUGUUACGACACUGAGGAAAACUGAACUAGGACUUUUCCAACUUCACGGGGCACAAAAAUGAAUAGAGAGAAAAUUACACUAUCUUCAUUCAGGUACAGAUGGAAUAGUCCUCUCUUCAUCAGUGGAGUCUGAGAAUGGACAUGUAACAGUGUGUCCUGAUACCACCAUCACAUUCACCUGCUCAGACACUCUAGUCUAUGGCAUGAGAUGGUUUGCUCUUCCUCUUCUCAACCAACAAAACUCUCCUGAUCUGGGAUCACUGGUUGAGAUUGGAGAUCCUUAUAUGGUGGAGGAUGUGUUCGCUAUUACUCUAGUGGCCAGGGAACUGAUGCCUGACUUUCGAGGCAACUAUACCUCCACUCUGAAUGUGGUGGUGAAUGAUAAAAUACAGAAUGGAACGAAUAUCACCUGCCGUACACUAUAUUCUGUGGCCUCCCUCCUCAUUUUUAAACAAGCUGGCUGUGGUCCUCCCAGUCCACCAGUGAAUGGCAGUGUUGGUGAGUGGACCAGUUCCAGAGUAGGAGCACAGGUCACCUACUCCUGUGACACCCACCUGGUUCUGGUGGGAGAGACUGUGGCCACAUGCUCUCUCCCUUCUCUAACAUGGCUGCCUAGUAGUGGUGAUGUCACCUGUGCACAACCACCAGUAUUAAGCAAAACUCCAGUGGUGACACAGACCAUGCAACCAAUGAGUGAAGAGACAUCAUUUUACUCUUUUACUACUCUUCCCACCACAACAUUUAGCUAUCACUAUGGUGAGUUUGGUUGGGCUGCAGUCCAAGGUGUCUCCCUGUCUUCCUCUCCAUCAUCUGAGGAUGGUAUCAUAUCAGUCUGUCCUGCCACCACUGUCACCCUCACCUGUACUGCCAGUGGAGUUGUAGCUCUGGGAUGGAGAAACCAGAAUGGUGCAAUAGGUGGAUUCACUGCCAGUGAUCCAGAGUCCAUGGUGAUAGAAGAAGGUCCCUACACUCUGACUCUAGUCUCAGUAGACAAUGAUGAUGGCGAUUCUUUUGCUGACUUAACCUCUACACUGGAGGUGGUGGUGGAUGACAUCGCCAAUCGAACUAACAUCUCCUGUGUUAUACUCGGAAAUCGGACACACCUGGUCAUCUAUAGAAUAAGAGCACAGGUCACCUACUCCUGUGACACCCACCUGGUUCUGGUGGGAGAGACUGUGGCCACAUGCUCUCUCCCUUCUCUAACAUGGCUGCCUAGUAGUGAUGAUGUCACCUGUGCACAACCACCAGGAGCACAGGUCACCUACUCCUGUGACACCCACCUGGUUCUGGUGGGAGAGACUGUGGCCACAUGCUCUCUCCCUUCUCUAACAUGGCUGCCUAGUAGUGAUGAUGUCAUGUGUGUACAAAAACCAGAAGAUCAAACCAACACCGAUUCAAGUGAAAAACUGAGUACAGCAGAAGCAGUGGUCACAACAGGAGUAGUGUGUGGUGUGUGUAGCUUCACUGCUGGACUGCUACUUGGUGUUCUACUGACUCAAUGUCAUGGUCACUGUCAUAGGAAGGGGAAGAGAGGCCAGACUGAGAUACCUCCUGUUUAUGAGGACAUUCCCUUGGAGAAGACACCUCCCAUUGAACUCAACACCAAUGAGGCUUAUGGACCUAUAUCUCCCAUCUAACUCAUGUGUUUUUACAACCUGUAUUAAUUUCCUGUUUUGCUUGCUAGUUUGAAACACAUUUGGGUUUGGAAAUGCUAUACAUCUCUGAAGAACUAUGAC